AUGAAUUUCGUCAAAGCAAGACUUGUGGAUUCAGAUAAGGUGAAAAUGACUCCAUUCGAAGAUAUUGAUGAGGAGAAAAAGAAAUAUUUAGAGAGUAAGAAUAUUCCAACAGAUGUCAGCACUGUGGUCUUUAUUGACCAGAAUCAAGAUCAAGCAUACAUGAAAUCAGAUGCAAUUCUUAACACUCUUCCACUUAUGUAUUAGCCUUAUCACACCUUAUACUAUCCUCUAUCAAUUAUACCAAGAUUCAUCAGAGACACUGCCUAUGAUUUAGUUGCAAAAUAUAGACAUUCAAUUAUGGGGAAAAGAGAGAGGGCCUAAGGAGAGUAUUAGAAGGAAGAAUGA